CGCACACACACACUCGCACACAGAGCGGUGCAGCAGGCAGGGCUCCAGUCGGUCGGUAUGUAGCAGCAGAGCAGCGUCUGCCCGGGAUUACAAAGGGGGGAAAACGCGCCUUGGAGAGCAAAUAUUGCAGUGGGAUUAAAAUUAAAACCCACCGAGGAUGAGACACACUCCGUCCGCCUGAAGGAGACUAAAAACAACUAGUUUUUAUGCUCAAUUAUCACCGUUUUUAAGCGAAAAUGGCGAGCGAGUCCCCGGCCAAAAGUCUGGUGGAGAUAGACCUCGCAUCCCUGAGGGACCCUGCUGGGAUUUUCGAGUUGGUGGAAGUGGUCGGCAAUGGCACCUAUGGACAAGUCUACAAGCUGGUGAUGGAGUUCUGUGGCGCGGGAUCAAUCACAGAUCUGGUGAAAAACACUAAAGGAAACACGCUGAAGGAGGACUGGAUCGCAUACAUCUCCAGAGAGAUCCUCAGGGGAUUGGCUCACUUGCACGCUCACCACGUCAUCCACCGUGACAUCAAGGGACAAAACGUGCUCCUGACUGAAAACGCUGAAGUCAAACUGGUGGACUUCGGUGUGAGCGCUCAGCUGGACCGCACGGUGGGGCGGAGGAACACCUUCAUCGGGACGCCGUAUUGGAUGGCCCCGGAGGUCAUCGCUUGUGACGAAAACCCAGACGCUACCUACGACUACAGGAGUGACCUGUGGUCCGUUGGAAUCACCGCCAUAGAGAUGGCUGAAGGAGCUCCACCUCUUUGUGACAUGCAUCCAAUGAGAGCUCUCUUCCUCAUUCCUAGAAAUCCUCCUCCUCGGCUCAAGUCUAAAAAAUGGUCGAAGAAGUUCUUCAGCUUCAUCGAGGGCUGCCUGGUGAAGAACUACACCCAGCGCCCCCCCACCGACCAGCUGCUCAAACACCCGUACAUCCGGGACCAGCCCAACGAGAGGCAGGUGCGCAUCCAGCUGAAGGACCACAUCGACCGCACCAAGAAGAAGAGGGGCGAGAAGGAUGAGACAGAGUAUGAAUACAGUGGCAGUGAAGAAGAGGAGGAAGAGGCAAACGAGCAAGAAGGAGAGCCGAGCUCCAUAGUGAACGUUCCCGGGGAGUCGACCCUCCGCAGGGACUUCAUCCGGCUGCAGCAGGAGAACAAGGAGCGGUCGGAGGCGCUGCGCCGCCAGCAGCACCUGCAGGAGCAGCAGCUCCGAGAGCAGGAGGAGUACAAGCGCCAACUACUGGCCGAGAGGCAGAAACGCAUCGAGCAGCAGAAGGAGCAGAGGAAGCGGCUGGAGGAGCAACAACGUCGUGAGCGUGAGAUGCGGCGGCAGCAGGAGCGCGAGCAGCGGCGCCGCGAGCAGGACGAGAAGAGACGGGUGGAGGACAUGGAGCGGCGCCGCAAGGAGGAGGAGGAGCGCAGGAGGGUGGAGGAGGAGAAGAGGAGGGCCGACCGAGAGCAGGAGUAUAUCCGUCGUCAGCUGGAGGAGGAGCAGAAGCACCUUGAGAUCCUGCAGCAGCAGCUGCUGCACGAACAGGCGAUGCUGCUGGAGAAUAAAUGGCGGGAGCUGGAGGAGCAGCGCCAGGCCCAGCAGCUCCAGAGGCAGCUGCAGCAGGAGCAGGCCUUCCUGCUGUCCCUCCAGCAAAACCCCGGCCUGGAUAGUAACAAGUCCUCCCAGCAGCAGAGCUCCAAACCCCCCCAGAGCGGGGAGCACGAGGGGGUGAAGCCCCCGCAGAGCUCUGAGCCAGAGACAACUCAACAACCACAGAGCGCUGCCUCUGAAAAGACGGUUCAAAAUCCCAGUCUGGAGAGAACUGCACAACCCAAGCUUCCUGUCGCUGACCCCGCCCCCGACUCUGAGCCAAUCAGAGAGUCUGAUGAUCGGUACAGGAAGAACAUCCAGGGCUCUCCCCAGGCGGCUCAGAUCAAACCCCCGCAGAUCAAACCCCCGCAGCCUCCGGUGCCCCCCCGCUCCGAUUCCUCCCACCCCAACGGGAGCUCGGCCUCCGAGGCGCCCGCCAUGCACCGGCCCGUCGAACCACAGGUCCGCUCCCACCUGGCUGCUUUAAAGAGCAGCGGCAGUGUGAACUCGUCAAACUCCAUCGCGUCCGCCCCGCCUCUCGUGUCGCGGCCGCACUCCUUCAGCGAGCCGCUCUCCUCUAGCUUUGAAAACCUUCACCUCCGCAACAGCAACAACAAGCAGGAACCCCACCAUCACCCUCCAUCUUCAUCACCAUCAUCAUCUUCAACGCCUGCACGCACUGACCCACAACCCAAAACCCAGCAUAGGCCCAAUGAAACGGCCCCUUCUGAGGAGGUACCGCCCCGGGUUCCUGUAAGGACUACUUCAAGGUCCCCGGUGUUGUCAAGGCGAGACUCGCCUCAUCACGGCAGCCAUGCUGUGCCCCGUCCCGCUGCAAGUGCGCCGGAGCCUCGGCUGCUGUGGGAGCGCGUGGAGAAACUGGUUCCCAGAACGACCGGUAAUAACAGCGGAGGCUCCAGCUCCUCCAGCAGCUCCAGUAACUCCAGCUCUAAGCCCGGGUCUCACUGCGGCUCUGGAGAAAGGUUCAGGGCCCGCUCCUCCUCCAAAUCAGAGGGUUCUCCCCUCCUGCGGCCAGAGAAUGCUGGGAAAAAACCAGAGGAGAAGAAGAACAGACCGGCGGACCUGACGGCUCUGGCCAAAGAGCUUCGUGCAGUGGAUGACGUUCGCCCCCCCAAUAAAGUGACAGAUUAUUCAUCCUCCAGCGAUGAUUCAGACACCACCGAUGAAGAUGAUGAUGAAGAGGUGGACCAGGAGGGCGGCGAAGAGUCGACCUCUGGCCCGGAGGACUCCAAAGCUGUUUCUUCCAGGCUGAGCAAUGGAGAGACAGAGUCGGUGAAAACCAUGAUCGUUCACGACGAGGACGCCGGCUCGAUGCCCUGCAAAGACAGCACUCUGAUCGUCAGACAGAGUGCAGGUGACCACAGAAAGCGUCAGACAGGGGCUCAGACCCCCGGCCCGCUCCCAGGCUUUGCCCCUCACCCCGGCAUCGUGUCCAGCCCGGGCCUCGGCCAGCACACCCCCAGCCCCCCCCAUCAUCACCACCAUCACCACCACCACCAUCACCCCAAUCUACCCACCACUCAGCACCCGGACAGGAACGGGUUCUCUGGGCACAUUCACCACCUCCCAGACCUGAUCCAGCAGAGCCACCAUUCCUCCCCCUCCUCCUCUGCAUCCAACUCCCCCUCCUCCUCCUCCAGCCUCUCCAGCCCCGCCAUGUCCCCUCAGAGUCCGCUGGAUAAACUCACCCUCCUCAUCGAGAGCCAGUCCAGUAACAACAUGCAGAAACACAAGUCUUCUUCCUCCUUCACUCCGUUCAUCGACCCCCGCCUCCUGCAGGUCUCCACCUCCACCGGCAGCGCCCUCAACAACAUCGGGUACGCUAACGACGCCCGGCUGGCGGAGGCUCUGCGGGCCGACCCCCGAAAAGGAUCCGUCGUCAACGUGAACCCCGUCAACACCCGCCCGCAGAGCGACACGCCCGAGAUCCGCAAAUACAAGAAGAGGUUCAACUCCGAGAUCCUGUGUGCCGCACUGUGGGGAGUGAACCUGCUGGUGGGCACAGAGAGCGGUCUGAUGCUGUUGGAUCGCAGCGGUCAGGGGAAAGUUUACCCUCUGAUCAGCCGACGGCGCUUCCAGCAGAUGGACGUCCUGGAGGGCCUCAACGUCCUGGUCACUAUAUCAGGUAAGAAGAACAAGCUCCGUGUUUACUACCUGUCCUGGCUGAGGAACAAGAUCCUGCACAACGACCCCGAGGUGGAGAAGAAGCAGGGCUGGACCACCGUGGGCGACCUGGAGGGCUGCGUGCACUACAACGUCGUGAAAUAUGAGAGGAUCAAGUUCUUGGUUCUCGCUCUGAAGAACUCGGUGGAGGUCUACGCCUGGGCCCCCAAACCCUACCACAAGUUCAUGGCCUUCAAGUCUUUCGGUGACCUGGUGCACAAGCCCCUGCUGGUGGACCUGACCGUGGAGGAGGGUCAGAGGUUAAAGGUCAUCUACGGCUCAGCUUCAGGCUUCCACGCCGUGGACGUCGACUCUGGGGCCGUGUACGACAUCUACCUGCCCACACACAUCCAGACCCACAUCCAGUCUCACGCCAUCAUCAUCCUGCCCAACACCGACGGCAUCGAGCUGCUGGUGUGCUACGAGGACGAAGGAGUCUACGUCAACACGUACGGACGCAUCACCAAAGACGUGGUGCUGCAGUGGGGCGAGAUGCCGACCUCCGUGGCCUACAUCCGCUCCAACCAGAUCAUGGGUUGGGGGGAGAAGGCCAUCGAGAUCCGCUCGGUGGAGACGGGACAUCUGGACGGCGUCUUCAUGCACAAGAGAGCCCAGAGACUCAAGUUCCUCUGUGAGAGAAACGACAAGGUGUUCUUCGCCUCCGUUCGGUCCGGAGGCUCCAGCCAGGUCUACUUUAUGACUCUGGGCCGCAGCAACCUGCUCAGCUGGUAGAGGUCUACUUCUUUUCCUCUUCCUCCUCCUCCUCCCUCGCUAACACUGGAUCUCAGAACCCACGGUCGAUGUCUUUUCAGCCCUUCGGACAAACCAGAACAAAAACCCACGAGCAACCAGCCCUUUUUUCUCCAGUGUCAACAACAAAGACUUCACCUUUCCUCCGGAGCAGCAGCCGAGCUCCGGGGCCGCCUGCGACGCCUGAAGUGACGACAUAAAUGAUUAUCAGAUAUAUGAAUGAAAGUAGAAAUAUAUUAAUGUGAAUUUAAGAAAAAAAGGGGGUUAACUACUUUUGGUUUCCCUCUCCGUUUUAUGGUGCGAUGGGAUUUAUUUUCUUUUUUUACUCUACAUCCUUUCUCCUGGGCUGGUCAGUAAUCUGGAGGUCUUCUACCUACUAGCACCACUUGUAAUGCUACUACCUUCUGUCUUUAAGAAAUCCCCCUGCUCUUUCAUGUGAGUGUUUAAGAGGCCGGUAGGGUGGCAGUCUGUUGUAUUAAUACUACAGUAGUGUGUGUAAAUGUACUUCUGUUUGGUCCAAUUACUGCUGGCAUGCUGGUUAGAGGUGGAGACGGUCAGCCUGGGGGAAACUUGUAAAAAAACCCGGAGCAAGUGGGACUGGAGAGUAAAUAUUUGAGGUAGUACUGUAAGUCUGAUGGAUGGGACUCGACAGGUGGGUGUGUGUGUGUGUCGUUCAAGUAUUGUGUUGUUUGGACAGGUGCUUUUAAAAAAGGAGGGUGAUAAAGAGAGAGAAAACGCCGAAGCAGAUGGAUUUCAGAAUAGUAUUUUUUCAAUUAUUACUAUUAUUAUUCCUUGAAGAUAAGUGUAUCUAUGUGGAGUAAAACAUGUCUUUUACCUUGUUUUGUUUUUUUAAGAUUGACGCACAUCCACCCACAGUUAGCUUGCUUUUACUCUGAACCCACAGAAGUGCAAGGUGUGUUUGUCUAAUAAGAAAAGUGAUGUGGUCCAAAAGAUUUAUUGAAAUAAAAAAGGUGUCUAUGUAUAAUAAAAAGUUCAUUGAAUCUUCCAGAUAGUGUCAUGUUUUUAAACAGGAUGAAACAUGACUACAUAUACUCGCCUCGUGCAACUCGAGAACUCAAACUGCUGUGAAUAGUCAAGAUAUACAUUUAAAAAAUAUAUACUAAUGGUGGACGAAGGAGAGGAGAGAGUUAUGUGUGUGAGGUCGGAGAGUUCAGUGUCAUCGACAACAUGUGUUCUAGGUGGCAGAGAGAUAAACGCAUGGUCAGCAGAGGAGUGUUUUUGUGGAUUUCAAAUCAUGUCCCAUUUGUAUGAAUGCAAUGCACUAAGUGUCAAGAAUGUAGAAAGACGUAUUACUGUGUGGUGGUCCGAGGCAUGAGAUGAUGUUAUUUUUGCUUUGUAUCUUGUCACAAGUGAUCCUAGAUGUUCAAUUUCAAGUAAAGACAAUUGAGAAGCUGCAGCAGCGGGAGCCUCUACGUCAGGUGUAGAUAUUUUCCGAGGGGGGGGGGGGGCUUUUUCCAAAUGCCUUGCAGAGCUGAUGAGGGUUUUUUGUUCAGACUCUGGAUGUCAGUGUACCUGUGAUGAUGGGAAAGAGCAGGACUUCUCCUCACGGCUGUCUGCGGAGACGGAAACCCACUUUUACGGAGGAAGGAACCCCUCUUCUUUGUCCCCCCCCCCCUCGACUUCCUGCUCCAGCUGUUAUUUAAGUUGUGUGUAUAUGUGAAGGACUGGGCGGCAAACGGCAGCAUCGAUCUCCUUCGGGCUGGACUUUCCUCUGUUUCAUCUGACGUGACGUGAACUCGCCUCAUGUCAACACACGUCGGGUCACAAACAAAGGGUGUGCUUUCCCCUGACGAUGACAUUUAAACACGAGGGCAGUGUUUUUGACAAGGUCUGUCAAUCUGUUACCGGCCCUCUUACAGAAAAGCAGUUCUGAUCCCUCAAUGCUGUGUCGUCUGAGGUGUGUGUGUGUGUGUGCAGUACUACCCAGUGUGUGUCUCUUAUGCAUCAAAGCCUUGAUGAAUGGCUGUAUUGACUUCUUAAAAAAUAGUGGUUUUUAUUGAUAUUCUUAAUGGGUAUAAAAAAUAGAUGAGAGAUAAGUCUGAAAGUUGCAUUGGAACCGUGCCAUGGGGGCAGCAUUUAAAACAUGUUAACCUAUUGUUAUGAAAAUCACUACUUGGAAAUCCAUUAAAAAAAAUCACUUGAAGCAUUGUGUAUUCUUAAGUUUUAGAGCUAGUCGGAAAGCUUAACAAUAGUUUCUGUAGGUCUAUGUACACGUAACUAUGCGACUGCGGUGGUUUAAUAUUAUUACGCUCACCAUAGGUGGAGAAAAUGUUUACAGAGGCAAUGUUUUGUUACACUAAUGUGCAUCACGAUAUUUAUGUUUUAAUGCAUACGAGUCUUUAAUUCUUUGUUUUUGAGCCCGGUUAUUGCUGGAUAUUUUCUUUUCUUUCGUCAUCCCCACUUAAUAACCUACUUUCAAAACAAUAAGAGAACACACGUGUUCAUUUCAGGUAUUCACAUAGCGCUGCUUCUCGUGGAAACAUGCAGUAACGCUCGCUGCAGGCUUGGAUGUGAGGCAACGUGUUUUUCCUCUGCUGUUUCUUCCAUGCUACUCUAACUUAUGUCCUCUCUGUGUAUGACAGGAAGUCAUGUAUUUUCCUGAAGGUUUUUUUCUUUGAAUAAACUUUAAAAGUAAUUUUAAAA